AUGGUAGAAGUUACAUUUCUUUCAAAUAGUAGUGAUACAGAAAGUGUGUUUGCUUUGGCACGCCAACCAGUUGCCUUUUUGGAUUUUUGUGCAGCAGUGACUUCAGUAUGUUCUGAUGACUGGCUGGUAGCCAGAAUCAAAAGGAAACCCUUUGAUAAUGACACAGAAGUUGGAAUUGGCGACAUCCAUCUGGGAAACAACUGUCUUGUGACAAAGAUACUGUCAUUCAGCUAUGAGUUUUCUUAUUCUGUCACUCACUGUGGAAUCAAGAAAUUUGUAUUCCAAGGCUUGGAUGCUUUCAUACUGUCAGAGAUCAAUUACAGACCAAGAUUGGAUACCACCUAUGCCUUCCCUGUAGUUUGCUUUGUAAAGAGACUUGAGUUUCCGUCUCUGGCACCUUUUGGGAUGAAUGGGCAUGAAAUCAAUCUCUUGAGUGAUAGAGCUCAAGUAACGAAUGUAGCCCAACAGUUGUUUGUCCCUCCCCCCGCCAGUGAGAAUGAUGGACCACAUGUUAGUGUUGUGAAGGAAGAUUUUGCCCACGCCUAUGUCUUGCAGAGCCAUUCAGAUCUCGAAGGGAGCAGUGGUUUUGGCUCUGGGUGCUUUUCACGCUUCCUGACAUGA